AACGCCUGUUAUCACGAGUGUUUGUAAAAGCUGCGACCUAAUUAACCACAGUGAUAAUAAAAUGCAAACCAUUCUGUUUUAUUUCUAUGAUCGGAGCAAGUUAGAAAUAUGACUUCUUUUGACGAUAUUCUAAAGGAAAUAGGAGAAUUCGGACCUUACCAAAAGCGCGUGUAUGCCAUGUUGUGUUUACCAAGCUUUAUCUUGUCCGCACUCCUUGUUGUUCAGGUGUUUCUUUUAGGAACUCCUAAUCACAGGUGCAAACUUCCUGAAUAUGCAAAUGAUAGUUUUGAGAUUCAAGGACCAACUCACGAAAGGUAUAUUCAAGGCUGGAUUCCCUUGUCGGAUGGUGAUAAAUAUGACAACUGUCAUAUUUUUAUACAUAAUCAUACAGCCGACUCUUUUGCAGAAAAAAUAACAUGUUCAGAAUGGGUGUACGAUGAGUCUGUAUACAAACACACAUUUUCAAAACAGCUGAAUUUGGUUUGUGACGAUGCCAUUAAGGUUCCAAACGCUCAAAUGAUAUUUUUCUUCGGUGUGCUUUCUGGAUCACUUGUCUAUGGUCAACUGUCUGAUAUAAUAGGGCGGCGAAAGGCCUUAUAUAUUUCUAUCGUGAUUCAAUUAGGAUCCUCCCUUGGCCUUAUUGGCAUGACUGAAUAUAUUGGUUUCUGCAUACUUAUGUUUGUUUUGGGAGGUGCAACGCUAGGAGUUUAUAUGACGUCAUAUGUCUUAGGGAUGGAGCUUGUUGGUCCAAGUAAAAGGCUAUGGACCGGGACAGUAGCACCUUUGUUCCUGACUACAGGACAGCUGUACCUUAUUUUGAUGGUUUAUCUUAUCCGAGACUGGAAAUAUUUUACACUUGCAGUUGCAAUACCAGGAUGUUUAUUUCUACCAUACUAUUGGUUAAUCCCCGAAUCAUGUCGAUGGCUUCUAAGCAAAAGUAGAAACGAGGAAGCUUUGCUGAUUUUGAGAAAAGUUGCCAAAAGCAAUAAAACUGUUCUUAAUGAAAAUAAAAUAAAUGAAUUGACAUCACAUCACAAAGAAGGUCGAGUGUGGCAAUUAUUUUCUACUAGAACUCUAGGAUGUUGGUCUUUAAUCAUCUUUUUUAAUUGGUUUGUAUGCAGCAUGUCCUACUACGGUGUGGUUUUAAACACCAGUAAUCUCGGCGGCGACAUUUUCCUGAAUUUCGUUCUGCUUACCAUUGUUGAAUAUCCUGGGAAAAUUCUAGAUGUUCUUUUAUUAGAUAGGAUUGGUCGGAAAAAGUUGUACGUUGCAUACCUGUUUGUUGGAGGACUGGCCUUUAUUGCAACAAUUUGGCCUAUUAUAGAUGGAAAUGACGGACUACACUUUGUUCUUAUUGCCCUAACUAUGGUAGGAAAGCUGUGUAUAACAGGGGCAUUCGGGGCUGUGUAUGUUUUGUCUGCCGAAAUCUAUCCAACUGUUAUUCGAAACACAGGAAUGGGUUCUAGCUCUGCCGUUGCAAGAGUAGGAUCAAUGAUUGCACCAUACAUUGCAAAAUCAGCUGAUCUCGUGAAUGGUGUUACAGGUAAAGCCAUACCUUUAACUUUGUUCGGUGCCAGUAUGUUUAUUGCUGCACUACUUUCGUUGAGUCUUCCGGAAACACUGAAUAGAGAACUUCCAGAAAUAAUACCCGAUGUUGAGAACCUUAAAAGAAAGAAAGUAGAAGUGAAUGUUACCUUGAAGAGUCUGACAACAAUAAAUAAUUCCGAGGUGACAAAUGAAGGAUUUUCUGGCAUUGAGGCAAAUGAUCAAAUGUAAAAAUGUUUAUGUUUUUGUAUGAUUGCGCAUAUCUUCAUUUACUUAGAAUGUUAACUUUGUCACAUCGCAAUAAAGAAUGGAAGUUUAACAAUCAAUUUGUUUUAUAUGUAUUAGACAUAAUAAACGCUACAAACAUAUUCAAUGUGUUCAUAAAAAAAAAACAAUAAAAAAAAACUGAAGAACUCUCAGAUCAUACAACAGUGUCUUUUUUCUAAUAUUUUGAUCAGUUUUAGCAUUUUACAAUAUAAGAUAAUAAUUAUGUUACAAUGAUGAAAGUUCCUUAAUUGGGAUCCUGAUUUGUUACGUGUUCUGUCUAUCGUCUACGAAUAUCCUGUAUGAAAUUGAUCUCGCAACUUUGAUGUAAUUUCACCGUUGAGCUAAACAAAUUGUUUCUUUCAUCAAUUCGGGAAUGUAUUAAUGUCUAGAAUAAGAAAAUAAUAAUUUAUCAAACCAUUAUUCAAGCUUCAUAAUAGAACACUUGUCAUUUUUUAUUAUUUCGAAAAAUAUCUCAUUCUAUUGUGACACUACAUUUUUUCAGAUG